UUCAUCCCGGCGGGCCUCGUCAGCGAGUGGGCUCUUUGCCGUUCCUUCACUGCUUGGCUUGCUCGCCGAACUGAUUGCCAACGCAGCGGCAGUGCCGCCGAGCACGAGCCCGCCGGGAGGUUCCUAUACCCGCCGCUCCGGGGUGCGCUGCCGCCGCCGCUGCCGCCAUAGCGCCGCUCCUCUGAUCUCUCGGUCUAGCGGAGCGGGGAUCCUUUCAUUCGGGCGUGGUUCGGUUUCUUCCAUUGUUGGUCGACGCUAGUUGACACCCAUGACUUCCUGGCGCCCAAUUAAGGCUGAGGGGCAUCAACGUUUUCCUAAAUCAAUGAGUGGCUGGGGUUUUCUGGUGUUAUUGCUACAUGUUCUUUCAUGCCUGGUUAGUGGUGUCCACUCUAGUCGCACAAGCUCUUACGUGCGUACGGAGUUCCCAUCUACGGAUAUACCUUUAGAAAGUGAAUGGUUUGCAAUUCCAAAGGACUACAAUGCUCCACAGCAGGUUCAUAUCACUCAAGGUGACUAUGAUGGAAAGGCAGUUAUAGUAUCUUGGGUCACUGUAGAAGAUCAUGGGUCAAGUGAAGUGUUUUAUGGCAAAAAGGAGAACCAGUAUGAUCAAAAAGCAGAAGGAACAACAACAAAUUAUACGUUUUACGACUACAAAUCUGGAUACAUACACCACUGCCUUGUUGAUGGCCUUGAGUAUAACACUAAAUAUUAUUAUAAGAUUGGAAGUGGAGGUUCAGCUCGAGAAUUUUGGUUCCAGACACCUCCAGCAAUUGAUCCAGAUGCAUCAUACACAUUUGGCAUCAUAGGUGAUCUUGGGCAAACAUUUAAUUCUCUCUCAACUCUUCAACAUUAUGAGAAAACUGGAGGACAAACUGUUUUAUUUGUUGGGGACUUGUCAUAUGCUGAUAGAUAUGAACAUAAUGAUGGCAUUCGUUGGGAUUCUUGGGGCCGACUUGUUGAACGCAGUACUGCAUACCAACCAUGGAUUUGGAAUGCUGGAAACCAUGAAAUAGAAUACAGGCCUGAUCUGGGAGAAACUUCUACAUUUAAGCCAUAUCUGCAUAGGUAUAUGACUCCAUAUUUGGCAUCAAAGAGCAAUUCUCCUAUGUGGUAUGCUGUCAGGCGUGCAUCUGCUCAUAUCAUCGUGUUAUCUAGCUAUUCCCCAUUUGUAAAAUACACUCCUCAAUGGUGGUGGCUGAAGAAUGAAUUCAAGCGAGUGGACAGGGAGAAGACACCUUGGCUUAUAGUUCUCAUGCAUUCUCCCAUGUACAACAGCAAUGAGGCACAUUAUAUGGAGGGUGAGAGUAUGAGGGCUGCUUUUGAGAAAUGGUUUGUGAAGUACAAGGUCGACUUGGUAUUUGCAGGGCAUGUUCAUGCUUAUGAGAGAUCAUAUCGCAUUUCUAAUGUCAACUACAACAUAACAUCGGGAAAUCAAUAUCCAGUGCCAAACAAAUCUGCUCCCGUAUACAUAACAGUUGGUGAUGGAGGUAACCAGGAAGGACUUGCUUCAAGGUUUUAUGAUCCACAACCAGACUACUCUGCAUUCAGAGAGGCUAGUUACGGUCAUUCAAUUUUACAACUGAAAAAUAGGACUCAUGCUGUCUACUGGUGGAAUAGAAAUGAUGAUGGAAAGCAUGUACCAGCAGACACCGUGGUAUUUCACAACCAAUACUGGACAAGCAACACUCGUCGCAGGAGGUUGAAGAAGAAACAUUUCCAUCUUGAGAAACUUGAGGAGUUGAUUUCCCUAUUCUAGAAGUUGAUCUUGCAGAAGCAGCAUGAACUUGUGACACAAUGUCAGAAUAGAACUGCUGCUAGUGUUCGGCGCUUUUCUGAAGCAGCAGUGAUCAACCGGAAAGUCAGGCUAUAUCUGACAUCAUGCCCAAGGAGCCAUGCUGACUCCUGUGGAUCUGAGUGCUGUACUGUAUGAAUAUAAUGAAAAUAGUAAGAGUUAAUCGGUACAGGUGUAACAUUUUACGUACAAUGAACAGUUGUUUCCCCCCUUAGUUGGGUACCAUUGUCGGCAUCUUGCCAUUGGGAAUUUGUGGAUUAAUUCUCUUCCAUUCGCUACCGGAUUA